AUGUCUAGAAUAUCAAGUUCUUCUUCAGCACAAAGAGACGAAAAUUAUGCUACUUAUUCUCCAACUUUCUCGCCCCCUCCUAGAGCAUCCACCACCAGUCUCUCAUUUGCAUCCAUCACAGCACUACCGACACCAGAACGGGAUUAUUUUGAUGAGGAGAUUUCAUUAGUGUUGAUCAAUAGUGAUUCACAAGAAUGUAACGAGAACUUUUCAAUUUUCAUCAAAUGCAUAGUUGACAAUAUCUACAAUAACACCGGAUCCAAACCGACAUAUGAAAGUUUAUCAUUAUACGCAUUGAAGCUAUUGACGCUGAAUUUAUUUGUGAAGAAUUUCAAGUUUUGCAUUGGUAAGAUAUUGGCUUUUUUGGAGACGUUUACAACAGUCACAAAUUAUAGAUUAGAGUUUACUGAAGAUGGCAACAGCGAAAGUGACUGGGAAGUUAAUGAUCAAGUGGCUUACGAAGCUGAAUGCUUGAAGGAGUUUUUGUGUAUAACAUUGCUUCUUUUACUCAAGCUUAAAAACACAUCAAAUGAUCAAGAAUUUAUUGAUGAUUCAAGCGAUAUACUGAGCGCAUCCUCGGCAACCUCAAAUUCAUUGGAUUUAGUCAAUUGUGAAAAUGUGUUCAAAACAUUGGAGCAGUGUCGUUUUGUGUUUAUAAUGUCGCAAUUUAUUUCAACUCAAAUCAAAGCCGUGGCGAAGGACGAAUCUUCGUUUGUCAUUUUGAAAUUUGGUUGUGAUAUCAUUUUCGAGUACUUUUACUAUGUUGAAGUAUUGUCACCAACGGAGUUUACGGACUUGACGUUUAAUAACAACGAAGUCAUUGUCAAUAUCAUAAAACACCUUUUAUCAUCUGAGGGAUUCAACAAUUACGAUUUGGAAAAUGGUGACGAUUUCCACAAUGAAGCCAGACUUGUUGCUUAUGAAGAAUUGAAACUAUUGUUACUUAUUAAUGAGCAAUUUUUGAUGAGUUCAUACUCACGACAUGAUCAUUCGAACAAAGUAUUUGAGGAAUUGAUUCAUAAUGACAAUAACACCAAAAGUAAUGUAAAUAAUAUUGUUGGCUUUAUCAAUUUGUUGAUUUAUCAUUUGAAUCGUGAAGAGUCACAGAUAAUCAUUUUGUUGAUUUUGAAGUUCCUUUACCUUGUGUUCACAACUUCAUUUACGGCUAAAUUGAUUUACCGAAACGAUUUAAAAAUAUUGCUAGAUAUUUUCAUAAGAGAAUUGGAUAAUUUGCAACACAAGGAUAAUAUUUUGAUUGUGACGUAUUUGAGAGUGUUGUAUCCUAUAUUGAUGUUUUCUGAACUUAAUGAAUGCGGUGGAUACAAAUCACAACAGCUUUACAAUGUGCUCAGCAAUAUUGUGGUGAACUCGGGACCAAAGCUGGCCGAUGAUUCCAGUGAGGGCAAAAUCAUUAUGGAUUUAGCUAUAAAGUGCAUGGAUGUCAAAUGGUUAAAGAACUCAAUGUCGCCACACAAAGCCAAACAUAAUUCUACUAGUGGUGAUGGAAACAGCUCUCAAUUUGAAAAGGAAAAGAACAACUCGCCAGAAAUUACUUCCCCAGAAGAUUUGAAAUCAAUUGACCGAGAUUCAUCCAGACUAUUCACUCGUAUAGCCUCGGUCCGCUCAUCGAGUCGUAGUGACUAUCAUAAGCACACCACACAACACAAUUUCUUGGAGAGGAAAAACAGCGAAAAGUUGAAUUCAUCAAAAACACGCGAAGAAGGUCAAGCUACUUCGCCGUCGAUAUUCAUGGACAAUAAUAAUAAUGUAUUUUUGACUGACUUUGACAAAAUUUGUACAAUUGGCGACAAGAGUGGUAAAUCAUCAACACUAACGGGUUUAGAUUUGAAUGGUUUACCCGCUAAGGCAAAAAACAAGAAGGCCAAUAACAUCAAUGGUCACGGAGGCGGUGGUGCUAGUGAUAGCAGCAAUGACAAUGGAUUUGAAUUUCGCGAUGCAAAUAUCUUGGACUUGCCUAAUGAGUAUCUAUUGUCUAAGCCAUUGCCUAAAUUGCCCAUCCCAGAAAAACGACAACGAAAUCUUUAUCAAAACACAACACUUGCAUCAUCGUCUAGUUCUCUCGAUUCUAAUUCGUCGAUUAAGCAAAAGGCAUUGAGGAAGAAGGCGCCCCCGCCCCCUCCUCCGCCUCCAAGACGAAGAAGAUAA